AUGGGCAAGUCCAGACCUCAGAAACAGAAGAAAUCCUCCAAAUCUCGCGAGAAGCCCCUCCUCGGCGUUGGUGGUUCGGUGAAGCAGUCGCAGAGCAAGAUGAACGAAGACCCCACCCAGCUCCUGGACCAGGCGACGAUACUCAUCCAGACCGGCCAGGCCGAUGCCGCUCUACAAUUAGCGCAGCAAGCGCUCGACAGCUCGCCCGCGGGAUCCCCCUCAUACCUGUCGGCCUUGAUCGCCGUCGCAGAGAUCUACGUCGAACUCGGAGAUAUCGACACCGCCAGAGCUCAUUUCCUGCGCGCAGUCGAAGCCGAUCCCAACGGGACGAUACCGGAGUCUCAGGGCGGAGGCGCGGAGAAGUUCUUGUGGCUGGCCCAGUUGAGCGAGGAAGGCGGAAAGGAUAGUGUCCAGUGCUGGGAGGAAGAUGCAGAGAACCGUUGCGAGACGCUCAUCACGGAGGCUCUCCUCGUUGAACCCAAUGGACCCGAGGUCCUCCAAACCCUGGCUUCCAUUCGAAUCUCGCAGCUACGGACCGACGACGCCAAAGCAGCACUGAGAAGGAGUCUCGAGAUCUGGAAGGACCUGCCCCCGGAGGACCCUAGCAUUCCAGAUUUUGCUACCAGAAUCAGUCUUUCUCGUCUCUUGAUGGAGGUCGCGCUGGAGUUUGAGGCGUUGGAGGUCUUGGAGCGGUUGAUCCUGGAAGAUGAUCAGAGUAUCGAGGCUUGGUAUCUAGGCGGAUGGUGCUUAUAUCUCCUGGCCGGGAAGCAACAAGCCCCUGCGGAUGACGAGGAGGAAGCCGAUACCCCAGAGGCCAAGCGCCUUGCAUCGCUUGUUGCCAGUCGCGAAUGGCUCAAGCAGGGUCUGGCUCUCUAUGAGAUCCAGCAGUACGAGGAUGAGAGGCUCAAGGAGCAUGCGCUCGAACUGGUUCAGGAGAUGAACCAGGAACUGGGCGAUGAGAUAGAGGACGAAGAGGCUGAGGGCCAGGAGGGUGAGGAAGGUUGGGAGGACGAGGAGAUCGAGGUGGACUCAGACAUAGUACCCGAGCGCAUAAUCAAAGCCAAUUUUGUCCCAGCCAAGCACCUUCGGGGUGGCAAAACUGAGCUCAAUGUGAGUUGGGGAAAGAAAGGGAUGGACCUGGAAUCAGCGCCCAGCGGGGAAAGCUUGUCGUCGUUACAGACCCCAGUCGCCGCCGUCGCCGUUAAGAUGACUUCCGCGGAUGUAAUCGACAAGCCAGCCACGGCGAACGAAGACCCCACCGCCACUGCCACCAAGGGCGAGAUGUCUCAAGCCGAGUUCGAGACCGACAGUGACGCUUCGGGCGAGGAGUGGGAAACCCAGUCUCUCUACGAGGACGCCAUUGAGGUACUGCGGGACGAGCAACUUCGCGAUGGAGUCCCCGAUGCCUGUACUUUGGAGGAGGCUAUCGCGUACCGAAAGCGCCUCCAUGAAAUCGGCAAGGCUGCGUUCGUCGAAGAGACCAUCGCAAAGGAGACGGUCACUGCGAAGAAGCUGUGCACGGCGUUCGGCAUCCAGCCCCCGGCGUUCCUCGAAGGUGCCCCUGACGAGGCCUACCACCCUCUCCUCGCGAUCGCGAUCUCGCGCGAAUUCUCGAGACGUCCGAAGCUCCCACAGUACAAUACCAUCGAUGAUGCGGUGAGGUUGCUGAAGGAGUCCAAAAACAUCGUCGUGCUGACCGGCGCUGGCAUAUCCACCAGUCUUGGGAUCCCCGAUUUCCGCUCCAAGGAUACCGGGUUGUAUUCACAGCUCGCGCAUCUGGGCCUGAGCGAUCCGCAGGAGGUGUUCGACAUUCAUGUGUUUCGCGAAGACCCCAGCAUCUUCUUCUCGGUUGCCAAGGACAUUCUCCCCACGGAAAAGAAGUUCUCGCCGACGCACGCGUUCAUUCGCCUGCUGCAGGACAAGGGGAAAUUGUUGACCAACUACACCCAGAAUAUCGACAACAUCGAGGCCAAUGCCGGUGUCGCCGCGGAGAAUAUCGUCCAGUGUCACGGCUCGUUCGCCACCGCGACAUGUGUCAAGUGCAAAUAUCAAGUAACCGGUGACGAGAUCUUCGACGAGAUCAAGAAGGGUGCCACCCCUCAGUGUACCGCGUGCCGUGACCGAAUCGCAGAGGAGACGGGAGCGAAACGCAAGCGCAGCACCACUGGUGUGCACCGAAAUCGCAAGGAGGACUGCGGCGACAGCUCGGAUGAUGAAUACGAAAUCCCGUCCCCCGGUGUUAUGAAACCCGAUAUCACGUUCUUCGGCGAGGAUCUUCCGGAUGAAUUCGGUCGUCGCCUGCUUCACCACGACCGCGAACGGGUGGAUUUGGUCAUUGUCAUCGGAACGUCUUUGAAAGUGGCGCCUGUCGCAGAGGCACCCGGCGUGUUGCCUCGUCACGUGCCUCAAAUCUACAUCUCUCGGACUAACAGCUGUGGCGCGGGGCCCAGCGCAAGCCCUCUGACGAUUACGAUGGAAUACCUGAUCCGCUUCGCCCAGGUCCACGAGUCUUUCCGACAGCCUGAGAUCCAGGCGCUGGCCGACUUGGCCGGCAUUGAUCUCGAGUUCGUCUACUACGAUAAAUAUUCCCCAUUCUGCGUCAUCAGAGUCUCCGAUGAAGCCGCGGCGCGCACGCUCAUCGCCCGCAGCAUCCUAGCGAAGGACAUCUUCGAGCUCUGGGGAUAUGGCACCAACCUGGACGAGGUGCACGCGGAUGUCCGCAGGCGGACGACCGAAGCUCGCUGGGCCGACUUCCAGACGGACUCGUUCCGCUUCACGGUCGACAGCUUCGCGGGCAAACGCAGCAACGACAAGAAGCGCGAGAUCAUCCAGUCGUUCUCCUUCCUCGGCUUCCAGGGUCCCAUCCGCAUGAAGAACCCGGACCAAGACUUUUGGGUUCUGGAGGACUACGGCUGGGAUGUAGCUGCCACUGACGCUGCCGCUGCAACUCCCGAGGGACGCAGCAGCAGCAGCAGCACCCCCAUCUUACGCCCCGUUCCAGAAGGCCAGGAACCCAAGCGGAUCUGGUUCGGCCGCUGGCUGGCCAACAGCAGCCGCGACGUGAUCAACAAGUACGACCUCAAGAAGCGGCGGUACAUCAGCACGACGUCCAUGGACGCGGAGCUGACGCUGAUCACGGCGAACAUGGCCCACGCGGCGCCGGGCAAGCUGUUCUACGACCCCUUCGUCGGCACGGGCAGCUUCCUCGUGGCGAUGGGCCACUUCGGUGCCCUGAACUUUGGGUCGGACAUCGACGGCCGCAGCUUCCGCGGCAAGGAGAUGAUCGAGCGCGGCGGCACCAUGGGCGUGCUCGCCAACUUCCAGCAGUAUGAGAUCGUCGGCCAGUUUCUGGAUGUCUUCUCCUCCGAUCUGACGAAUACGCCGCUGCGCGCGCAGCCGUUCCUCGACGGGAUCGUCUGCGAUCCGCCGUACGGGGUGCGCGAGGGGCUGAGGGUGUUGGGGAGGCGGGAGGGGCUCCGGAACGAGGAGGUGAUUAUCGAUGGGGUGCCGGCUCAUCUUCGACCCGGUUACAUUGCUCCGAAGAAGCCCUACGGCUUCGAGGCCAUGCAGAACGAUAUCCUCAACUUCGCCGCUCGGACUCUCGUUAUCGGUGGGCGCAUGUGCAUGUGGAUGCCUACCGCCAACGACGAGGAUCUCGAGCUAGACACGCCCAUGCACCCGAACCUGGAGGUUCUGAGUGUGUCCGUUCAGCCCUUCUACAACUGGUCCCGUCGACUCAUCACCUACCGCAGACUCCCCGAAGGACAAGUAUCGGAUGUGUCCAAGGGACGCAGCAGACUCGACUCAGAGGGCUACUUCACCAGAAACCCGCAGUACGACAAUAAAGAACCCAGAUCAGGCAGCGCCACGCCGGCCCCAUGA